GGCCUAGAGGAGUCAAGGACCCAACACAGCGUCUCUGAGCAGGAUCAGGACGAGCCAGAGCUGAGCAUGCCAGAGCCAGCACUGCCCAGUGUGGACAAGAAAGCAGCGGAGAAGAAGGUGGGAGCCAAAGGCAGCGCUGCUGGACCACCAGUCCCCAAGAGCCUCCCUGUGCAGAGGAAGGUGGAGUCCCCCAGCCUGGAGCCGGCAGAGGAGCCGCUCCUCUGGGAAGGGCUCACCCUCAACAAAUGCAUCCUGGUGGCCUCUGUCGUGGCCCUGCUCAGCGUCACCUUCCAGGUGCUCCAAGAGGUGGUGAUCCCCAAGGAGGAGGAGGUCAAAGAAGUGGUGACAGCCCAACCUCCCCAGCCCGAGAGCAGCGUGGUUGAGGACGAUGAUGGUGACGACAAUGGCGACAACGACGAUGAUGAUGACAAUGAUGCUGACAGCAACCUGGCAGAGCCCUGGAUCUUCAAGAAGUGGUUUGGCCGCUCAACACCAGAGGAUGAGGACAAGGAUGAGGACAAAGACGAGGACAAGGACGAGGAUGAAGAGCCUGCAGAUGUCCCCGAGGUGCCACCAGUUGUGGUGGAGCGGGAGCAGCAGCCCCCGAGAAAGCGGGGCCGGGAGGGGAAGGAGAGCCGACGGGGGCGGGAUGAGCCCAGGAGGGAGGGGUGGAAGGGCCGUCCCAGCAGGGCCGAGAGCCGGGAGGGCCCGAAGCGGGACUGGCGGCAGCAGAAGGGCAGGAAGCCCUGGGAGCCGGACGGCACCACCAGGCCCAGGGAGGGCAAGAGGCGCGACUGA